GUCUGUCUUACAAAGUGUCAGAAACCCAAACACAAAACAAAAGCAGAUGAAAUUGAAAUCGAAAUCUUCUUCUUCUUCUUCCUCCUCCUUGUGUGUGUUUAUGCAACUCAUCUUCUUCGUCCUCUUACCUUUCCUCGCAUUCUCAUCCUUCGCAGAAGAAUCAAAUCCCUCCCAUUUCCAAAACAUGGCCACUCUCGGCGGAGUCCACGAAUCCCAUGCCUCCCAGAACAGCCUCGAAACCGAAGACCUUGCUCGCUUCGCUGUCCAAGAUCACAACAACAAGGAGAAUGCUCUGCUUGAGUUUGUGAGGGUGGUGAAGGCAAAGGAGCAGGUGGUGGCUGGCACUCUGCACCAUCUGACGAUCGAGGCCAUCGAUGCUGGAAAGAAGAAGCUUUACGAAGCCAAAGUCUGGGUGAAGCCUUGGUUGGGUUUUAAGGAAGUACAGGAGUUCAAGCACGCCGGUGACUGUAAUGAAACGCCGUCGUUUACCCCUUCUGAUCUUGGUGUUAAGGAAGGUGGGCAUGGUCCCGGGUGGCAAUCUGUGCCGCCACACGAUCCUCAGGUUCAGGAUGCUGCAAAUCAUGCUGUUAAGAGCCUCCAGCAAAGGUCUAAUUCUCUGUUUCCUUAUGAGCUUCAAGAAGUUGUUCACGCAAAGGCUGAGGUGAUUGAAGAACAUGCCAAGUUUAACAUGCUUCUGAAGUUGAAGAGGGGAGACAAAGAAGAGAAGUUUAAAGUUGAAGUGCAUAAGAACAAUGAAGGCACCUUCAAACUGAACCAGAUGGAGGCAGAUCACUCCUAGUUAAGAUAUAGCAAGUUUGUAGCAAGCAAAUGUUCUGGAACUAACGGAGUGUACAAAUUGCUUUGGUUGCUGUUUGUAUAACUUUUUAUGUCCUGAUACCAACACUUUGGUGUGUGGUUGUGUUUCCGAACUGUAUGCGUAUGUAUAAUAAUGCUAUUGCUACUUAUCUUUUCUUUCAA